AUCUACAAGGACUACAGCUUGACGAUCCACGCCGGCCAGACGCUCGCGCUCGUCGGCGGCUCGGGCUCGGGCAAGAGCACGGCGAUCGGUCUUCUUGAGCGCUUUUACGACCCGGCGUCCGGCGCGGUCUUCCUCGACGGCCAUGACCUCCGGUCGCUCAACGUGCAGUCGCUGCGCAGCCACAUCUCGAUCGUGUCGCAGGAGCCCGUGCUGUUUGCGGGCACGAUCGCCGACAACAUCGCCACGGGCAAGCCGGGUGCGACCAUGGCCGAGAUCGAGGACGCCGCCAAGAAGGCCAACGCGCACGACUUUAUCAUGCGCUUUCCCAACGGGUACGAGACGACGGUGGGCGACCGCGGCGUGCAAGUGUCGGGCGGCCAGAAGCAGCGCAUUGCGAUCGCGCGCGCCAUCAUCCGGGAUCCCGCCGUGCUCUUGCUGGACGAAGCCACGUCGGCGCUCGACACGGAGAGCGAGCGCAUCGUGCAAGAGUCGCUCGAUCGUCUCCUCAAGCAGAAGCGGCGCACGACCGUGAUCGUCGCCCACCGCUUGUCGACGAUCCGCAACGCCGACAUGAUUGCGGUCGUCAACGACGGCAAGGUGUGCGAACUCGGCACGCACGACGAGCUGGUCAACCUCCCGAACGGUCUCUACGCCAACUUGGUCGCGCGUCAGAUGCAGCGCUAA